GUUAAAUAUAACAAGGAAAAGAGAUUAGGCAAGUGUCCACAAGUAUCGAGAAAAAGACUGCUCAAAAAUAUUAAAGGCAUGUUUAUUUGGUGCUGUUGGCAGUGCUUUGAGGGACUCUUAAAAUUAAAUGGUAUUUGAAGGAGGAAACCCAUGUUUAAUCAUUAGCCCAGAGAACAAAAGAAGCCUAAGAAGCUUUGUUUUUUCCCCAGACUCAGCAAUACAGUUCUGCUGUACAGACCAUCCAUAAUAAAUAUUAAUGACCAGUAGUUGAAUAGGAACAGCUAUUACAGACCUUUGAGCAACUCAUCAUUUUUCAGCUUUGCAGAGAAAGAAACCUCAGCUUAGAGAGGGUUCUCUUAAAUGUUUUCUUGGAGCCUUAAACAUGGAGAUGACAGAAGUGACUGGUGUGUCGCUGAAACGUGGGUCUGUUGCUGUUGAAGACAAUGACAGGGUGGCCCCAGCUGAGGAGGCAAAAAGACAGAAGAUCUUGGACCAUUGUCUGACCAAAAGUCAGAGUGAGCUGGAGCAUGUCUCUCCACCCAGUGGGGUCAGCGUGCCUGAGCCACCUGAGGCUGUGAGUGCCAGAGAGGGUACAAAGAAUUCUGAUGUACAGUUGGAAGAAGAGGAAGAGGAGGAGGAAGAUGGCCUCUCUGAGGAGGGUGAGGAGGAGGAGGAAGCUGAGAGUUUUGCAGACAUGAUGAAGCACGGCCUCACUGAACUUGACGUUGGCAUCACCAAGUUUGUAAGUUCUCAUCAGGGAUUCUCAGGCAUCUUGAAAGAAAGAUACUCCGACUUUGUUGUUCAUGAAAUAGGAAAAGACGGACGCAUCAGCCAUUUGGAUGACUUGUCUGUCCCCGUGGAUGAGGAGGAUCCAUCAGAAGACGUAUUUACGGUUUUGACAGCUGAAGAAAAGCAGCGUUUAGAAGAGCUCCAGCUUUUUAAAAAUAAGGAAACUAGUGUUGCCAUCGAGGUUAUUGAGGACACCAAAGAGAAAAGAACCAUCAUCCAUCAAGCGAUUAAAUCUCUGUUUCCAGGAUUAGAGACAAAAACAGAGGAUAGAGAGGGGAAGAAAUAUAUUGUAGCCUACCAUGCAGCUGGAAAAAAGGCUCUGGCAAAGGUCAGAACUGCAGCAGAUCCAAGAAAACAUUCUUGGCCAAAAUCUAGGGGAAGUUACUGCCACUUUGUACUCUACAAGGAAAACAAAGACACCAUGGAUGCUAUUAACGUACUGUCUAAAUAUUUACGAGUCAAACCAAACAUAUUCUCCUACAUGGGAACCAAAGAUAAACGGGCCAUAACCGUUCAAGAGAUUGCUGUUCUCAAAAUAACUGCUCAAAGACUUGCCCACUUGAACAAGUGCUUGAUGAACUUUAAGCUAGGGAAUUUCAGCUAUCAGAAAAACCCUCUGAAAUUGGGAGAGCUUCAAGGGAACCACUUCACUGUUGUCCUCAGAAAUAUAACAGGAACUGAUGAACAAGUUCAGCAAGCCAUGAACUCUCUCAAGGAGAUUGGAUUUAUUAACUACUAUGGAAUGCAAAGAUUUGGAACUACCGCUGUCCCCACAUAUCAAGUUGGAAGAGCUAUAUUACAGAAUUCCUGGACUGAAGUCAUGGAUUUAAUAUUGAAACCCCGUUCUGGAGCUGAAAAGGGCUACUUGGUUAAGUGCAGGGAAGAGUGGGCGAAGACCAAAGACCCAGCUGCUGCCCUCAGAAAACUACCUGUCAAAAGGUGUGUGGAAGGGCAGCUGCUGCGAGGACUUUCAAAAUAUGGAAUGAAGAAUAUAGUCUCUGCAUUUGGCAUAAUACCAAGAAAUAAUCGCUUAAUGUAUAUUCAUAGCUACCAAAGCUAUGUGUGGAAUAACAUGGUAAGCAAGAGGAUAGAGGAGUACGGACUGAGACCCGUCCCGGGGGACCUCGUUCUCAAAGGAGCUACAGCCACCUAUGUUGAUGAAGAAGAUGUUAAUAAUUACUCCAUCCAUGAUGUGGUAAUGCCUUUGCCUGGUUUUGAUGUUAUCUACCCAAAGCAUAAAAUUAGCGAAGCCUACAGGGAAAUGCUCACAGCAGACAAUCUGGAUAUUGACAACAUGAGACACAAAAUUCGAGAUUAUUCCUUAUCAGGAGCCUACCGAAAGAUCAUUAUUCGUCCUCAGAAUGUCAGUUGGGAAGUCGUUGCAUAUGAUGAUCCCAAAAUUCCACUCUUCAACACAGAUGUGGACAACCUAGAAGGGAAACCACCACCGGUGUUUGCUUCUGAAGGCAAAUACAGAGCUCUGAAGAUGGAUUUUUCUCUUCCUCCUUCUACCUACGCUACCAUGGCCAUUCGCGAAGUGCUAAAAAUGGAUACCAGCAUCAAGAACCAGACCCAGCUGAACACCACCUGGCUCCGCUGAGUCCUUUUCCCCCAGACGAGAACAUGCAGACGGGUGUUUGCUGGCUUCUUGUUCAUUUUUGUCUUAGUACAGACCAUAGGUGUAUUUUAGAUCUUUGUAGCUAAAGAUUAUUUGUAUUUUUUCAAGUUUUUAUUAGCUUAAUUUGCAAUAUUUGUACACAUAAUACAAAUCCUGAGGAUCCUAAUUCUAGCUCAGAGAAUAUAAAUUGAUCAGAAUAUAUUUCAGGUGCUUAAAUCAUAGUAAAACAUCAGCUUUAUUUGGCUUUAUGAUAAUUUAAAAGGACUUUCGGUUUAAACUUGCAAUUUUAAGUUUUGCUUCAUUCUUAAAGGACGACAUGAAUUUUUCAUGUAGCCAUGAAUGGAGUAUGCAGCAAUGCAUUUUAGGAGAAAAUGCAGCAAAGCAAAUCUUGCUAUGGAUAAAUAGACUGCCCCCACCCCGCCUAUAAGUACAGUACUCAUGCUUAUUUAAAUGAUGAUAAAACAUGUCCAGGUUAUAGAUGCAAAAGUGGCUGUCAUCAUCUAACUCCCAUGCCAGGUUUAGGUAAGUGUGGAUAGAUCUUUUAGUUGCAGUAGCUUUUGCAUUUAUAUUAUCGUUGCCUUGUAGGACAGUUGCGUGAUAGGACCUUUUUUCUCAGUGUAAACAUGUGUCGCUAUUUUUAUUAGUCAAGGUGUGAUUUUUACUCUAGGUGCCUUUUAUGUUCAGAAUGCUUUCCACUGGACUGGUAUUUGUCCACAAGUAAAUGACAGCAGAGAAGAAAACUUUAAACCUUUACAAAAGGGCUCCUCCGAUCAGCAGCCUCACCCUUUGUCACCUUCGGCUUGGGUAUUUCCGUUUCUGGCAUUGUGUAAAACUUUUCUCUGGUGUGAAAGGCUGACUAUGCCUUGCCAAGGAUGUGUGACAUAAUUGCACCAGUUUUUAUUUUCUACCAUUUCUAGAACAAAAUAUAAUAAAUAUUUUUUAAAACUC